AUGGUGUUUAAAUAUGUGUAUGAAUUUAGAAGAGCAGUGACUAAAUAUGCAGUAAGAAAAAGGGUUCCUGUGGAGAAGUGGGUAAAUGAGCCAAAAAAGGUUAGAUUUAGGUGCAAGGAUGAUUGUCCAUGGCUUUUAUAUGCAGGUCUUGACAAGACAACAAAUGAUUUCAUGAUAAAAACUUACAUUCCAAAGCAUACUUGCAACAAGACAACCAGAAAUUACUUGUGCAAUGCAAAGUUCUUAGCUGAAACCUUCAGAGAAAGAAUAGUUGAGCAACCCAACAUAAGAGUAUUCAAGUUGCAAGAGUUAAUUAGAAAAAAGUUCAAACUUUAUGUAGGUAAGACCAUUAUGAAAAGAGAAAGGGAUAAAGUCUUGAAAGAGAUAAUGGGUGAUCAUGUUGUAGAAUUUGGAAGAAUUCUUGACUACAAAGAUGAACUGUUGAGGACAAACCCGGGGACCAGUUGUGUUGUCAAAUUUGGUGAGGCUGAUGAAGCAGGCCAAUUGUUAGUUGUUGUGGCCAAAGAUGGAAACAACCAGAUGGUGCCACUUUCUUGGGCAGUAGUUGAAAAAGAAAACACAAACACCUGGACAUGGUUUGUUAGGUGUAUUAGGGAUGACGUAAGACUUGGAGAAGGUGAAGGUCUCACCCUGAUUAUAGAUAUGCAGAAGGGACUGUUUGCAGCAAUAGAGGAGGUGUUACCUCAAUCUGAACAUAAAAGAUGUGCAAGGCAUAUCUUAGCUAAUUGGGCUAAGGACUGGAGAGGUCUUCAAAGAAGACAACAAUUUUGA